AUGUCGUAUACGCAAGUCAAUUGUCAACUAGCAAACGUCAAAGUUAGUGAUUCACUGUUGGAGGGCUUCUAUAGGAAAGCCCUGUUGAAAUACGCUGAUGACCUGAUGAUGAUGCUGAUGUUUCCAGGGGGCUGGAGCAUGGCGGGCAUGGGUCUGCUGGGCGGCGGCGCUGGCGGCGCGGGCGGCGUGCUAGCAGCGGAGGUUUGUGCGCCGCUACUGCUGCUGUGCUGGCUGUGCUGCUGGCCCGAUGACGACAGGUCCGGUCAUACGAAACAACCCCUGUCUGCUCAUAGAAGUCAUGAAGAAAUUAGGGGUCGGCGGAAAUCACAUUUGGAUCCGAACGAACAAGAGACACGGUACCACUCGGCCCCGAGUGUCAUAGAUGAGGUACUGCAUAGAAGGGAUUGGGAGCGUUCUACCAAGGAACUUUACAUACCGCUCAAAUCUGACAAUGACUUUUCUAACGCUAAUAAUGAUAAUGAUAACUCUGACAAAUCUGAAAAAGAUGAUUCCCUUCUUGGAAAAUCGAACGAACAAAGUGCCAGUAAACCCUGUAAGAAACAUCAUAAAAAUAUCAAGUCUUCUCGAAAGAAAACUGUAAAUAAAGAAUCUCUGAAUGAUGACGUGAAAGACCAAGAUGCAACUGAAACAACAACCAAUUUUUACAUCGGUGAAUCUAGCAAUACUACAAGCCCCGAAUACACAAACGAUGUCAAAGUUGAUGAUAUUACUAAGACUGUAUACAAGCCUAAGGAAGCGAAACAAAGUCUUAAUGAGUCGAUACGAAGCAAGGACAGGCAGAGGCCCUUAAUUCCUCUCACAGAAUAUCAGGUAGCUGGUUUUAAUUUGGAGGCUAUUGACGACAUAGAGUUCGAUAGAUCUGGCGCCGUCCAUCACUCGGUGGAAUCCCGAUCAAGUCUUUAUAACACGCAUUCAAUACCAGCCCCGCCGCCUUCUGUAGGUCAGUAA